AUAUCAAACAAGAUUUUUGUAAAUAAUGUUUUUUGUUUAUUUAGUUUUAUUGUUUAUCAAAUACAAUAAAAAAUAUACUUUGUGGAAUAAUAUUUUCUAAACAACAAGAAAAAAUCAGUGGAAAGUAAUAGCGGGUGGUAAAUAUACACCUAUGUACAGUAUACCCUCUUAUUUUAGUAGGUAAUCUAAAUUAAUUAAACGAAACGUUAAAAUGGAGAUUAAUAUAAAUAACGCAUUUAAAGAAGCAAUCAAAGUAACAUGUGGACCGUGUGUAGAAAAAUAUCGCGUUCUCACAGAAAUCAACCAAAAAAUAUGGAUACAAGUAAUUAAUUAUUUGCUGAAGAAGCCUGUGUUAUCAACAGUGUUAUUUUCAAUAUUUUUAAUUUUAUUUAGUUUUAUAUUAUCUGCUGUGUUUAUAAUCCUAUUAGGAGUAUUUAUUCUAGCUACGAUUGUUUUGCUCUUUGAAGGUUUCGUAUUCAUCGUACUUGUAACAGGAAUAAGUAUGGUUUUAGCGUCGAUUUCUCUUGUUAUAAUGAUAAUAGCUGGGGUAAAGUACAACGAAUCAAUAAUAAAUCAUUUAGAUUAGGAUUAGAUAAUAAUAUCUAAAUGACGUUAUGAUAAUUUUUCAGAUUAAUGUUUCUUUGAAACAUUCCUAUUCUGGUAUUGUAUUUCUAAUAGUAUUGUGAUUAAAAAAAUAUAAUUAUGUAAUACCUAUUUAAAGAUGAAUAUGUAAAUGCUCAUAAUAAUUGAAUUAAAUAAGUAAUAAUUUUUAAUGGUUGUAUCAAGAUUAAGAUUUGAUUUGACUGGAAGUACAAAAACUGGCGAUGAUACUACCGUCUAGUGGAAGUACCUUACUUGAGUAUAGUCUGUUUAUUUACUUGCCACGUCUAGUGUGGAAUAAAAUAUGACUUCUAUAGUAAUUGAAAUAUAUUUUACUGUAUUUUUAUUAUUUUUUCGAUAAUGUUAACAAAAUACUUAAAAUUACUUAAAUGGGUAGAUCUUAUAUUAUUAAAAAUAAAUAAGUGUGUUUUGUUUUGACAUAGAGUAGGAACUUCGGAAGUUUCAAGCUCUUACUAAUUACUUGACCAAUUCAAGGAGAAUUGUACUUUACAAAAUAAAAUAAAAAAUAUUAUAUCUUUAUAUAAGAUUUAUUAAUGUAAUUUGUCAUACGAAAUAAAUAUAAUUAUAACAAUUA